UCCAUUGUUGAAUUCGAUUUUCAGAACUUUGAGUACUCGAAGUCGAUCAAUUGGAAGUCGACUCACCUAUCCCUAAUAAAUCCCUUAUUUCAUCAGAACGGUGAACCAUAGAAUCUUGGAUAAAAAACUCGAUCGUAAAAGAUGGCAAACAAUGGAUUCGAUGAAUGGGGUGGCUACAUGGAAGCCAAAAUCACUAAAUUGGAGGAACAAUUUAGUGCGGCUAGUGAUCCUUUUAGACAAUCCAAUCUAUUUAAUGGCAUAUCUAUAUUUGUAAAUGGCCUCACGAACCCCUCAUCCGAUGAGCUAAAACGUAUAAUGAUGGUACAUGGCGGGACCUAUCAUCAUUAUCAACGUUCACAUACAACAUUUAUCAUAGCAUCAAAUUUGCCCGACGUAAAGGUAAGAAAUAUGGACACGAGCAAAAUUGUUAGUCCCCAGUGGGUUGUCGAUUGCCUGAAAGAAAAGAGGAUUUUGGAUUAUACUAAAUAUUUGCUGUAUACCAAUCAGAAAACAUCGCAACCUUCAAUAAGCUUUGCCAUUAAAAAGAAAAAGGAAGAGCCAGAUAUCAGCAUAACAAAUCCUGGUAUACCAGCUAGUAAGGGUGCAUCAGAUCAGAGCUUCGCAGACCACGGCGGUACAGCACAUAAUAGAUCAGAAACAAUUAAUAGCUCCGAAAAUUCACUAGAAGCCGAUUUGAAUUUAUUUAAUGCUACUAUUAGAAAAAGUUUCACUGCCCAAAAUAAUACCCUGGAAACCAGUCAUAAUUCGACAUUAAAUACAACUAAUGUCAACAAGUCGAAAGCAAAUGCUUCUGGUGUGGCACGUACAGCGGUUGACCCGAAAUUUCUAUCUGAAUUUUUUAAUAACUCUCGCUUGCAUCAUAUUGCAACAUUGGGCGCAGGAUUUAAGCAAUAUGUCAGUGAGCUGCGCGAGCAAGGCUCCGAUAAAGAAUUUCCUGCCAGAAUGCUUUUGAAACAAAAGUUAAUGGAAAAUAAUAUACCAGAAGUGGAGCCUUUAAAUGGUGGCAGUCGCAAAACAUAUAUUAUGCACAUUGAUAUGGAUUGUUUCUUUGUGUCGGUUGGAUUAAGGAAUAACCCACAUCUGAGAGGCCUCCCUGUUGCUGUAACACAUUCCAAAGGAGGAUCUGCUGCGGCAGAAGUGCCGGUUCAUCCCAAUGCCGAUCGUAAAGUGGAAAUGGAAUUAUUUGCCAAACGUUUCGAACAACAUUUGCACAACAACAUACUUUCCGAUAAGGUGCGUGGAGGUUUUGAGAAUAAGAUGUCAUUAUCAGAAAUUGCUUCAGCUUCUUAUGAAGCUCGUGCUAAGGGCAUACAUAAUGGCAUGUUUGUGGGCCAGGCACUAAAAUUGUGUCCUGAAUUGAAGACCUUACCAUAUGACUUCGAAGGAUACCGAGAAGUUGCCUUUACUCUUUACAACACCAUUGCCCAAUAUACCCUUAAUAUUGAGGCUGUGAGUUGUGAUGAAAUGUUUGUGGAUUUGACAGACAUUUUGCUGGAACUUAAAGUUGAUGUUAUGGAUUUUGUGAAGGCCAUACGAGACGAAAUCAAAGAAAAAACACAGUGUCCUUGCUCAGCCGGAGUUGGAGCGAACAAACUGCAGGCACGUAUGGCCACAAAGAAAGCCAAACCCGAUGGACAAUUCUAUUUACAAAGUGAAAAUGUUGAAUCGUAUAUGGCUGAUAUACCCAUAAAGGAGUUACCAGGUGUUGGCAGCAGCACUGCCUACACACUGAAAGAUGCCAACUUGCUAACUUGUGGCGAUUUACAAAAAGUUUCUUUGGUGCGCAUACAGGUACUGGUGGGAAAGAAAUUUGGCGAAACGUUAUAUCAGUUCUGUAGGGGUCAGGACCAACGUGGACUAACUUAUGGUCAAAUACGAAAAUCUGUGUCGGCCGAAGUCAAUUAUGGAAUACGCUUUAAAACCUAUGAUGAAUUGGAAACAUUUUUAAAACAGCUUUGCGAGGAAGUACACCGGCGUCUCCUGAAUAUAAAAAGGAAAACAAAAUGCAUUACGCUCAAGUUAAUGGUGCGUGCCGAAGAGGCUCCAGUGGAGACUUCGAAAUUCAUGGGUCAUGGCGUUUGUGAUCAUGUAACCAAAUCUGUAUCCCUUUCAGAAUAUUGUAAUGAUUUGAACAUAAUAACCAGAAAUAUACUCAAUACAAUGAAAGCUUUGGAUUUGCCCCCACAUGAGUUAAGGGGAAUUGGCAUACAGCUUUCCAAAUUAGAUGAACCAACAUCGGAGCAAGAGAAGCCGAAAGAAAAUAGGAUUAUGAAUAUGUUUUCCAAGGUCAAAGAGAAACAAAAGGACAAACCAAAGGAAAUUAAAGCCAAUGAAACAGUUGAAGAACCAGUAAACGCUUUGUCCACCAAUGAGACACCCGCCGUAGAAGCAGAAAAUAAACCAAAAGAAAAUGCCAUAAAAAGUAUGUUCAGCAAGAUAAAGGAAAAACCAAAAGCGGAACGUAAAGAAACCACAGCGAAGCCUAUUGAAGUGAAAAAGAGUCCAGAAGCAAAAAAGACCACAACUUCUAAGAGAGGCAGAGGUAAAGCAACUGCCAGUACAAAGGAAGUUAAACCAAAAACCAACAUCAUGGGCCUCUUGCAAAAUGCUGCAGCGAAGAAAAAACCCCAAAAUAAUAACGAUUUUCAAAUUCCUUCCGAUAUCGAUCUGGAGGUGUUUAAUGCUCUUCCCCAAGAUAUACAGAAUGAAAUCCUACGGGAUCGCAGAGCCCAAAAACAAGUUAUUAAUGAAGAGCCUCCGAUUAAAAGAGAUAAACCUGAAAUAACAUCAAAUAAUGUUAGUUUGCUCAAUGAAAGUGAUUUUCUUCCGUCCACAUCAAGGGCGGCAAAACAAAAGCAGGAAAGAAAACAGGCAUUGAAAUCUAAUCAAUAUAAAACUGCUUCGGAAUCGAAAUCUUCCCCAGCUGUAACAACUAAUGAGCCACUUACGGAAGUGGACCCGGAAUUUUUAGCGGCUUUGCCUCCAGAUUUACGCAUGGAAAUAGAACAGCAAAUACAACAGCAAAAGCAAGCAAAUGAUCCCGAUCAAAGCUAUCGGCCGUUGACUCCUCCAUCUGUAGUAGCUGAAGAAUGUAUUGAAAGCAACAACGACAAUAAUAAUAAUGGUAAAAACAUAAGUUCGGAAAAUAUUUUUAUGCAACCUAAAUGCUUGGAAAAGUUAUUGGCUUGGUUCCAAAGCACUGACGUACCUGAUAGUAGUGAUAUAGAUAUAAUUUCUUCAAAUGCAUGUGAACUGGUCCGGGCCAAAGAGUUAGAUGAACUCUAUGAGGCAUUAUUGUACUUUGGACGUUUAAUAAAUCAACAAAGAUCUUCAAGUGAAUAUUGUGCCUGGCAUUUAGCGUUCAAGUCAGUCUUGAAAUCAGUACAAGAGGAAAUGUCCCACGUCUAUGAAGGCAAGAAAUUAUAUAUGGGUGUAAAAUUGAAAUGUGAUAAAUGUAAGAUAUAGUAUAUAUUUUUAGCGAUAUUAACAACCUGUUUAUUUAAUAUCUUUGGGUUUGGAGCAAAUGUUUUUAUUUUUCUGUCAGUCACUCAGUCAGUCUUGAAGUCAGUGCAAGAGGAAAUAUUCCACGUCUAUGAAGGCAUGAAAUAUAUAGGAGUGUAAAAUUGAAAUGUGAUAAAUGUAAGAUAUGAAAUAUUUUUGGCGAUAUUAACAACCUGUUUAUUUAAUAUCUUGGGGUUUGGAGCAAAUGUUUUGUUCUGUAAGGGACAUACACACAAAAGCUUUCAUUUUGCCUUGUAUUUUUUUGAAACCAAAGAAAUAUAUACGGAAGAAAACGGCAGAAAAACGAUAAUAACAUGGUAAAAUUAAGAAGGUAAAGUUGAAGUUAAAUUAAAGUUUAAGUAAGCAUUUUCUAUAUUUGUAUUUAUUCUGAUGUGUGUACAUACUAUGGUUGAAAAUUAGAGGUAGAUGCAUCAACGCUUGGAAACAUUGAUACGUCGAAAUGUUUAAAAUGGUUUUUCCAAAAUAAGUAGAUUUUCAUAUGUUUUCUUAUACGACGCCAAUCGGAGAUCGUUAAGAUAUGCAUUUUUCAACAAUUUUAACGAGUUUGAAUAGUUUUUCAUUUAUUUAUACCCUAAGCCUUAUGACACCAGAAGGUAUAUAUAAAUUGAUUCGCCCAAAAUGCGUCCCGUAAAAAUAAUUAUCAUUUAAGUUGAUCUAAUAAUGUACUCCAUCCAUCUUUCUGUGUGAUAUGCAUAACUCUUAAAGAGAGUAUCUGAUUUAGUCGAAACUACACAUCCAGCCAUUUAUACCAAAAUUACAUCUUGUUUACCACCAAGGCAGAAAUCCGUUCUUCCUGAGACAUGGGGUCCUGAAAAUUCAUCGUCAUCGGACCCUUCGGAUUCUCCUUCCUUCUUUUUUGUCAACGCAGAGGAAAAAAAUGUCAGGGACCGAAGAGCGACGGCCUAAACAAUUAUAUUAACGAAGGCCUGCUACUUAAAAGGAGUAUAAAAUAUUAGAAAACAAUAACACAUAUUGUAUGCAAUGAUUGAAAUAUAUAGGUGCACUGCCUCCAAAUAAAUGCUAAUAUUUGCAACAGUA